GAUGACUUCACUGAAAUGGAAAAGAAGGUGGACACCACCAGUAGGGCGGUGAUGGACAUUAUGACCAAGACCACAGAGUAUCUGCAGCCCAACCCAGCCUCCAGAGCCAAGAUGACCAUGAUCAACUCCAUGUCUAAGAUGCGUGGCCAGGAGAAGGGUCUGGGCUACAUCCAGACUGAGACCGUCCUGGGAGAGUCCAUGCAGAAGUUUGGCAGGGAGCUCGGGGAAGAGUCCAACUUUGGCCUGGCUCUGAUCGAUGCUGGGGAGUCCAUGCGUGAGCUGGGGGAGGUGAAGGAUGCUCUAGACAUGGAGGUCAAGCAGAACUUCCUGGACCCGCUGCAGACCCUCCACGACAAAGACCUCAAGGAGAUUGCGCAUCACCUGAAGAAACUGGAAGGCCGCCGUCUGGACUUCGACUACAAGAAGAAGCGUCAGGGCAAGGUGACGGACGACGAGAUCAAACAGGCUCUGGAGAAGUUUGACGAUACCAAGGAGAUCGCUGAGCUCAGCAUGUUCAACCUGUUGGAGAGUGAUAUUGAACAGGUGAGCCAGCUAGCCGCACUGGUCCAAGCCCAGGUGGAGUACCAUCGUCAGUGUGCUGAGAUCCUCACCCAGCUGCAGUCCAAGAUGGAGGACCGGAUAAGGGAUUCCUCCAACAAGCCCAAGAAAGAGUUCAUACCUAAGCCGCGUCAGUCCUUGGACCUCUCUAGUGAAAACCACAAUGGAGCCAUCCAAGGAUCCAGGUCCCCAGCAAGGUCUCCAGGUAAGACUCCCCUAGACCAGCCAUCCUGCAGGGCGCUGUAUGACUUCGACCCCGAGAACGAGGGCGAGCUGGGCUUCAAGGAGGGGGACAUCAUCACUCUCACCAACAAGAUCGACGACAACUGGUACGAGGGUAUGAUCCACGGCAGCUCUGGAUUUUUCCCCGUCAACUACGUGGAUAUCCUGGUGCCCCUGCCCUAAAGUCGUUGCCACGGCAACGGCGCAUCAGCAACAGCAGUUUUCCCAGGCGACAAAUCCUAAUCCUUGCAUCCCCAGCUCCCGCCACCCCCAAACAUUCCCGGAAACCCACCCUUUCACUCCGCUAAAAAGGAGAUCUAACUACAAUGAAGAUAUGAUGACGAAAUCGUCUGUGGCGUGAUCAACAACAGCAUGGUGUCACACCAACGAGUGCUAACGAAACAGACUUGAAAAAAAAAUAUGGAAAAAUAAGCAAUGAUGCCGUUUUGAAUGCC